CAGAUCCUAGCAACCGGCAGUUCCGGUUACCCCAGUGAUGUCAGUCCGCGCUGGCAGUUAUUUUGUUUAUUUUGCUACUCAGUGUGUGAAAAUUUUACCAGAAAUAAAGGAAUUUGAAUUCUUUGGAAAAAUCUUCUGAAUUCCACCAUGGCGGAGCGUAAUAUUGAGCUGCAGACGACUUUGGUGCGGUACAACAAUCCGGUGCUGGUGGUGAAACACACGGAAAAGAAGGACACGCCACCGGAUGUGUCGAAAGAGCAAACGGGUCGUCCGGGUUCGGGUGGGGCGGUGGUCGUCGAAAGCCCGCGGGAAACUGAGGAAAUUUUGAACUGCAUUCUUCCGCCCAAGACCUGGGAAGAGGACGGCCAGUUGUGGACACAAACAGUGUCAAGUACGCCGGCCACGCGCCAAGAUGUAAUCAACUUGCAGGAAAUGCUGGACACGAGACUGCAGCAGACGCAAGCGCGCGAAACGGGCAUUUGUCCGGUGCGGAGAGAACUGUACACUCAGUGCUUCGACGAGCUGAUCCGCCAGGUCACGAUCAACUGCACCGAGCGUGGACUGUUGCUGCUGAGAGUCCGCGAUGAGAUCGCCAUGUCGAUGGAGGCGUACGAAACGCUAUACUGUAGCUCGGUCUCGUUUGGCAUCCGGAAGGCACUGCAGGCUCAGGAGGGCAAGGAGAAGCUCCAGGAGCGCAUUCAGCUGCUCGAGAAGGAGAAGGAGACGCUGGAGAACUCGAUCAGUGACAUGAAGAUCAAGGCGGAUCAGGCUGAGAGGAGAAACGCCGAACUGAGGGCGUCCGAAGAGAAGAAGCACGCGGAGGAGAUUUCAUUCCUGAAGAAGACCAACUCGCAGCUUAAGGCCCAGCUGGAAGGAAUCAUCGCCCCCAAGAAAUAAACGCUUAGUCACUAAUUUUAGAUAACUAGAAUUGUUUAGCCAUACAAAAUCACACCUUUAUUACAUACUCUGAGGAAAUGCAUCAGUUUUCUAACAAUUUUAUUUCGGAAA